CUUCCAACACCUCCCAAAAUUCUCGACCGACAUCUCCAACUCCACGCGCCGCCAUGUACAGUCACAACAGCACCGCAUUCCCACACGACUUCGACGGCCUGCCAAUGCCGGCUCAGCCCUUCGGGACUUACAACAAUGACUAUAACUACCACCAUCACCACCAUGCGGUGGCCGUGAAUGAAUUCAGCAACAACAGUUGUAGCAGCGGCUGCAGCAGCUACGGCGGCUCGCCGACCUACGCGAGUACCACUACGACUACAACUACUCAUGAUUACGAGGUUGAGCCGAGCCUACAGAUGAUUCAGAAGAGUGUGAGCAGCCACUCGCUCCAGCAGAAGAAAGUUGGGACCCACCGGCUUGUCUCCGACUUGCUGGAGCUCGAGACCGGGCCCGUCCGGAGGGUUUACAGCACCGGCGACUUGGAUUUGCAGCAAUUGCAUAGGAGCUACAGAUCAUCAUCAGAAACUAGUCCAUUGUCAAGUGAGAGCAGCAUGAUCAUUGAAGGAAUGACCAAAGCCUGUCGAUACAGUCCUGAGGAGAAGAAGGAAAAAAUUGAGAGGUACAGAAGCAAGAGAAACCUCAGGAACUUCAACAAAACCAUUAAGUAUGCAUGUAGGAAGACAUUGGCAGACAGUAGGCCGCGCAUCAGAGGACGAUUUGCAAGGAAUGAUGAAAUUGAUCAGAAGGAUUCUCCUAAUGUUCAGUGUAGCCAAAUCAGUGGGGAGGAUGAUGAAGAGGAUGGCGAUAGUUGGAUCAACCUGCUCGAUGCAUUCUCUUCAAUUGAAUCAAACUCCUUAAUCUAGGACGAUGAAACUAUUAUGCCAAAUGUUUUAGCAAGUAGCUACUAGCCAUAUUAAUCUUAGGCUGCUCCGCUUGAUCUAUCUUUUAUUAUGCAAAAUGCUCUUCAUGCGCUAUUAAGCUUGAAGUAGGUGAUGUAAAAUUGUAAAUA